AUGACACCUUUCACUCCUCAUACCCAAUACUCUCGACUGCCCACUUCUUCACCUUCACCCUCGUCCACCUUGAUCUCAUCCCCUCAAUCAUCUCGAUCCAACUCACCUUCACCAUACUCACUGAAGAGCUCCCCUCCUAUAACCAUGUCAUCCUCUAAACGAAUCCGUAUUCGACCAAUGCAGGGGUUUUUGAUCAUAUCCAUCUUGGCUAUAUGCGUAUUACCUUUCCUGCAUUACAAGCGAGAAGAGGUCAAAGGGUAUUUUCAAUCGAAUUAUCUCAAGAUUGACCUCUCUCAACAGCAUAUCCCAGUCGCUUCAGGAGGUAUAUCAGAUCAUCUAAACAUCCCUCUAACGUUGGAAGCAAGAUUACAUCACUUACUUUCCAAACCCGCUUUAUACCAAUGGGAAGCAGAGUUGCCCAAUCGACAUGCCUGUCCGUUUUAUACCUUUUCAAGAAAUACGUAUUUCUUCCAUGAUGGGAAGCCCGAACAGUGGGAGAAGAUCGAUCCGACGGAAAUCAGAAGGUAUAGGUCCAAGAUUGUAGAUUACCUCAGAACGGUAGAGAGGGAAGGUGGUCAGCUGGUAUGGGACAAGUCGAUGGAGAAGGAUGUCUUACCAGAAGACAGAAAAGGGAUCAUUCUCACAGGUGGUGAAGGUAAAACAUUAGCAAGAUUGAAAAUCUCGUUACACAUGUUACGAAAUGCCCUUCAUUCCACCUUGCCUAUCGAAGUUUACCAUUUCCCAGAUGAACUUCAGGAUCCUACCGAGAGAUCUAAAUUGGAGAAUGAGUAUGAUGUGAGAUUAAAGGAAGUAGGAGGUAAAUCACCUAAUGGGAAAAGUUGGCAUAUCAAGAAUUCAGCCUUCUUGGCUAGCAAUUUCACAGAGUUUGUUUAUAUGGAUAGUGAUAACAUACCUCUAGUCGAUCCAAGAACACUAUUCGAUUCCAUAGAGUACAAGCAAAGUGGGAGUGUCUUCUGGGCAGAUCUCAACAAAGAUCAUCCCGACAAUGCGAUCUUCCGUAUCGUAGGUAGAACAUGCACCGAUGAACAUUGGCCUGCGGAAGCUGGUCAACUACUAUUUGAUAAGAGGGGGAACAACGGAUUGAACUUGGCAAUCUUACAUCUAUCGAAUCACAUGAUGACGAAUCCUGAUAUGUAUGGGUUUUUGAGUUAUGGGGAUAAAGAUACUUUUAGAUACUCCUUCUACGCUUUGGGUUUGCCAUACCAACAAGCACCCAAGAUAUUCGCGACUACCGGUGGAUACCAGACUCAAAAUGGAGAGAGUUCAUUGGACUUCUGUGGUCACUCGAUGAUUCAAUGGGGUCUUACGCCUCUAUCAGCUCGACACGACCCCUCAUAUCACCCACCACCAGCAUUCUUACAUACCAUCCUAGCAAAGCAUCGAUCCAAACUCCAACCAUCAAAGUUAUUCUCUCACAUCAAACGACCUCGUCUAGACGGUAUCUCCGAGCCACUCUUGGUAAGGACACUAUACGAGUUUACAGGCGAUUGCUUUGCUUUGACUCUGAAGGGACCUGACGGUGCUCCCGGAGUGGAAAAUUCAAUGAUGGAUGGUCAAGGGGUAGAUACCUACCCUCUCAAGGAUGUGUUGGGCGAUGGGCAUGUUUGGAGAGAGGUAGAGAGACUGAGUGAGGAGUUUGUAAAGAUCAAUCAGCAUAACUAG